ACAAGGACAAGAUAUGGAAGGCAGGCAUCACAGUGGGAAAAUUUUUCUAAAUAUGAUUCCUAUGGGGAGUAGCUUCCUUGUGUAUGGUUUGGUCGUAUCAACAGCAGAAACUUUUUUCCCUGAGCAGGGAGAGGAGAUGCAGCUUUCAAGCUUCUUUACUAUUUUAUUUGUCUUUCAAUCCGUAUCAAGUAAAAGUAUCUCCUAUUUGUUUAGCUAUUUUUUAGAUUCAGAAUGGGUUCCAGAAGAUAAACGGAAAGAAGCCAAAUUAGUGAGAAUUUGGUUUGGAAUGGUGCUAACUAUAUUUUGUUGUUUUGUUGCCGAGCGGGUUGAGGUUCACCGGUUGAUAGUAGUUAACAAGGAAGGAUUCCUUGACAAGCCAGAUCAAAUUAUACCAAUGAGCAUCUUCUGGCUUGCCCCACAGUACUGCCUGUUAGGUCUUACGAAAGGAAUUGCUGAAGAUGGACUGGAGGAAUUCUUAAUUGAUAAUUUCCCUAUAUCAUGGAAGGGCUAUGUAUCAGCAAUUACUAAGUUCGUGAUUGGAAUUGGAAAUCUCCUUAGCAUAAUAUCUGUUCAUGCAUAUGGAAGUUUGUUUGCUGACACCCUGAACCGGAGUCGCCUGGAUUAGUACUACAAGAGGAUAACAAUUUUUAGCUUCGUCAAUAUGUGCUACUAUUGGUGCAUAUAUAUCUUCUAUACAAAGUAUCACACAGCAAAUGUAGUAGCAGAUGACGAAAAUUUGGUGUAGUUUAUUUUUAAAAGUAUCAUGUAGGCGCUUAAAUUUUAUUUUCAGGUAGCAU